UUCCCGCGAGCCCUGUUAUCCCAGGUGCAGGCACAGUGGAGUUCGGCACCGACCCUCCCUGCCUCCCUGCCUGGCGCCAUGGCCAUGAGGGAGCUGGUGGAACCGGAAUGUGGGGGCUCCAACCCCCUCAUGAAGUUGGCCGGACACUUCACCGAGGACAAAGCCUUGCGGCAGGAAGGACUUCAGGGCCCGCUGGCCUGGCCCCCUGGGGCUCCCGGAGCUGCUGCAGCCGCACCCCAGCCGCUGGGAGUGGCCACUGAAGAUGAGUUGGUUGGAGAGUUCCUGCAGGACCAGAAUGCCCCUUUACUGUCCCGUGCACCCCAGACCUUUAAGAUGGAUGACCUGUUGGCUGAGAUGCAAGAGAUUGAGCAGUCGAGCUUCCGACAGGCCCCUCAGCGAGCUCCAGGUGUGGCAGCGCUGGCACUGUCUGAAAACUGGACCCAGGAAUUCUUGGCUGCAGCAGAUAGUGCUGGUGAUGUCUCCUCAGAUUAUAAUGAAGCUGACUGGUCACAGGAGUUCAUUGCUGAAGUGACAGAUCCACUCUCAGUGUCUCCUGCUAAGUGGGCAGAAGAAUACCUAGAACAGUCAGAGGAGAAACUGUGGCUUGGGGAAUCGGAAGACCAGUCUUUGGCAGAUAAAUGGUAUGAGGAAUAUCAACCUGAGGAUGAUCUUAAGAAAACAGUUACUGAUUUUCUCUCUAAAGUGGAUGAUCCAAAACUCAAGAAUUCUGAGUUCCUAAAGUUUGUCCGCCAGAUCGGAGAUGGGAGGGUAUCGAUCGAAGCUAAUCAGGUGACCCACAGAGACCAAGAUCAGGCAGAGCAAUGGGCAACUGAGUUUAUACAGCAGCAGGGGUCAUCUGAUGCCUGGGUGGAUCAAUUUGCGCGAUCUGGGAACAUGUCUACUCUUGAUACGGAGUUUGAGCAGGCAAAGACUGCUGUGGAGUCAGAUGUGGACUUCUGGGACAAACUCCAGGCAGAAUGGGAGGAGAUGGCCAAGAGAGAUGCAGAGGUUCACCCUUGGCUCUCUGAUUAUGAAGACAUCAGCUCCUCAUCAUAUGACAAGGGAUAUCAGUUUGAGGAAGAUAAUCCCAUGAGAGAUCACCCAGAUGCAUUUGAAGAGGGGCGGAAGCGUUUGGAGGAAGGUGACCUCCCCAAUGCUGUCUUGCUCUUUGAGGCUGCAGUGCAACAGAAGCCAGAUCAUAUGGAGGCCUGGCAGUAUCUGGGAACCACCCAAGCAGAGAAUGAACAGGAGCUUUUGGCAAUCAGUGCCCUCAGACAGUGUUUGGAACUGCAGCCUGGGAACCUCACAGCACUUAUGGCUUUAGCAGUCAGCUUCACCAAUGAGUCCUUGCAGAAGCAGGCAUGUGAGACCUUACGGGACUGGCUACGCCAUAAAGCAGACUAUGCCCACCUGCUGGAGAAGGAACCGGAGGAGAGUGUCUCGGGGACAAACCUGGGGCCUUCCAAGCGUGUCUUAGGUUCCCUGCUGUCUGACUCACUGUUCACGGAGGUGAAGGAGCUGUUCUUAGCAGCUGUGCGCAGCAACCCCUCAACUGUGGAUCCUGAUGUUCAGUGUGGCCUGGGUGUCCUUUUCAACCUUAGUGGUGAAUACGAGAAGGCUGUGGAUUGCUUCAGUGCCGCACUCAGUGUGCGCCCCAAUGACCAUCUUCUAUGGAACAAGCUGGGUGCCACCCUGGCUAAUGGGAAUCGGAGUGAGGAAGCUGUGGCUGCAUAUCGUCGGGCACUUGAACUCCAGCCAGGAUACAUCCGCUCUCGCUACAACUUGGGUAUCAGUUGCAUCAACUUAGGUGCCCACCGCGAGGCUGUGGAGCACUUCUUAGAGGCUUUGCACAUGCAGCAGAAGAGCCGAGGUCCACGGGGGCAGCAAGGCGCAAUGUCUGACAACAUCUGGAGCACGCUCCGCAUGGCCCUUUCCAUGCUGGGGCAAAGUGACCUGUAUGGGGCAGCUGAUGCCCAUGAUCUUCCCACACUGCUUCAGGCAUUUGGCCUCCAGCAGUGACUCUGGGAUAGGCUGCCAUGUGACUGCAGGGUUGGCCUAGCCCAGCAGUGACCUUCCUUAGAAGACGUUUACUAGGGUUCACACAUCUUGCUCUGGUGGGGCAGAUCACUGACAACUGGUUUUGAAAGAACCUCUUGCUGAAGCGUGCAACUUCCCCUACCUGUCUGUUGUGGGCUGUGCAUCUCUGAGUGGUUCAUGUUAUCACCUCCAUGACUGACUGGCACUGCUGGCAGGUAGAUUAUCAAAGUGGGAAAGAUUGUGACAUCCAGCCCUUUUUCCAGACUGCAUUUGCAGUAAUGCCCGGCUUGGCUAUGAGACCUUGCAAUAGCUAUUCUGCAGAGACUACCCGCUGGAUAUGCCUCAAGUGCAGGUUGCUUUGGUGGGGUGGGAUUGCCACUUAGUGAAAGGGUGGAAAUUUCUGGGUUUUGAGCAUGAUUCCCCAUCUAUGUGCUUGCAUGUGUAUAUAUGUGGGUUGCUAGGGAAAACUCUGGGCAGCAGUGCCCUUUUGUGGGUGCUGGUAACUUCAUGGUACAGCCAGAUGCUAGUUUCUCAAUGACUUCAUUGAACCUUUUUAAGAGCAGAGUAUUGUACUUAUGCUGCAGACUCAAGUGGAGGCCCUUACCCUGUUCAGGGGAAGAGGAGGUCCCAGAGUUCAGACCUGGAGGAAUGUGAUAGGAAUAGAAGUCUAAAAUGUAAUCCUUCUGCCCAGAAUAUGGUGGGGAAAGGGUUGUCUUAAUUUUCACUUUAUCAUCAUUGUUUUCCUUUGUGCAGAAGUUUCCCAUCUUGUGUGUAACUGAAUCUUGUUAAUUAUAAAUAUCUGUAUAUGAUUCUAUUGGGGAAAAAUGUUUUUUAAUUGUAAAGUAUUUUGUAUAAUAAAGGGGGGAGAAUUAAAAUUGCCUAAAUGACA